CCGUGUUAUCUCUACAUGGUUUGCUAUGGGCUGACAGACUUCCGUGUUUUUCGCUACAUAAUAUGGCACGAGAACCAUGGAACAGGAUAAAUGUUCCCCUCCCGAGUUCUGUCUCUUGUGUAUCCAUAUAUUUCACUCCAAAAACAGAUUUGGCUGUGAAGACUCUGUUGUUGGAAAAUGACAAAGUCCUCAAAUUACUUCGAAGUACUUUUCUUCAGACGGAAGUUCGAGUUUUAUACAGUUUGCUCUACAAUCUUAACAACAGUUCCAGAGGCAACAAGACCUUUCGCGUCAUGAAGCAGGUUGAACAAUGCAUUAACAGACUGAACAAUAUGAAGCUGGACGUUGCUCUUCAGAGUCUGGUCGAUUUAUGUCCUAAUAAGGUUCAAAGGAAGCUGAGCAUUGAAUGCAAUGAGUGUGAACUUCCCAGCCAGCCCAUAUUGGAGUGGCUUUGUCUCAAAGUGCUGGGAGCAGCGCAACUGAUGAGCUGCACACUGAAACGCUGCAGAACAGCUUUUGUCUUAUCAAAGCGGCACAUGAAGUAUGAGUUCAUCAUCUUAAAUAUGGUGGUAACCAGCAUGCUCAGUCGUCUCUGGGUGAUUUUCAGAGGGUUUCUGGCCAAUCUGUCCACUCUCUAUCAGCGGCUCUUUGAUCUCCGUGGAGAAGUAGCCCAUGCUCAGCCCAUGCCCUUCCUCACAGACUUCUGUCUACCAGAAAAUAUAGCUCACUUCCUUGGUCCUUCUGAUGCAUCUUUACUCCCUGCAAAACCAAAACCUAUUGUCCAGGUCAAAGCUCCCAAGGCAAAAGUUGAAAAACACAAGCCUGCCAUUAAAGCAAACAACUUGGAACAGAAGAUUAAAGUAGACCUUGGUGUUGCAGUACAAAGAGGCCUGGAGUUUGACUCGGACAUAAAACCUGCUGAAACCAUUUUCAGGAAUGUAGCAAAGAAGAAGAGGAUCCUCCCAAAGGAAAAAAACAAGGCUGAGAAGAAACAGAUGCUCCAGAGACAAUUGAGACAAGCGUCUUCAUUUAAAGAUAUGAGCUCCAGCCUAGAAGCAAUGAUCCUGUGGUGCACAUCCCACAAAAUGAAUACGCACAAACGCUUCUUAACCUUUCUUCGAUUAAAGUGCCGUCGACUGAGAGGAAUAGAGGCUGCAGGUUACAAUAUGAAGAAGAAGUUGCAGACCUUCAAACAAGAAGCUUCCCAGGCUUUCUGUAGUGUCCAAAGACCAGUGCAGAAGACAUACCAGUCUGCUGCAGCUUGCAGGAGACGUGGUCGCCUGAGAACACGCAUAUGGACAUUGAGGAAGCAAUUUUGGUCCUCUAAAAGGAGAACUGAUGUUAGAAAUAAAAACAAGCAACAGAAAUAUGUGCUGGCAGACCUGCUGAAGAAGGAUGACUGGUUAAGCAGAAUAGGCAAAGCAACAGCAUGGACACGUAAUAUUGGAAAUCAUGAUGACAUAGAUAAUAUAUUUUCCUCUGCAGGUCUGUGACUGUUUUUAAUCCACCCAUUUCUGUGCUGCCUAUCAUGUGCAACCUAGUGGGCUCAGCCUUGGGGAGAGAUAUUGUACAACCUUUUCUUAACACCAUUUAGUCUCAAAGAGACAAAUAACCAUUCUCAUAUGUGUAAAGGCCCCCAUACAAGCAUAGGGGGAAAAAUACAUACUCAAGGAAGGCCCAAUAAUGUUUAACUGUGCAGCCUGUUUUUAAUGCAUCGGUGACAGAUGUGUUAUUUUAUUAAAUAAACACAGGUAUGAAUUAACUGUGUUCAUAUGUAUAUAAUAAAGCUGCCAAUUGCAAAACA